AUGUUCCCGCCCCCUCGCUUCAGACACGAUAGUUUAGGAUUACGCGUGAUAAAAGCCACACGUGGUGUGCCGGCUGUCAGCUUGAUGGAAGCCGAAGCCGGCGCAUGCGCAGUUGCGGGACGCGAGAUCCUAACCACGCCGCAGCUGCCGACGGAGCCGCACUAUCAACCGGGAAGUCGCGCGAGAGCGACGGCCGACGCGCGGCGCUUCCACGACCCUGCCGCGGUGCCCUGCCGGACGCUUUGGCUGCAGACGGGGCCGGCACUUCGGCCCACGAUGGCGCUCUGCUGCUGGCAUCGGAAUGGCCUCGUCACCUUCGCAGCUUUCUUCACGGUGGUGGGGGUGCUGGUGAUCGCAGCGGGCCGCCUGUGGCUGUCUUGGGCGGCGGUAGCGCAGACCGCGGUCCAGCCUGGAGAGACCGGGCUGCGGUACCGAGCCACCCCCAUCGACUUCAAGAUCUUCCGGCUGCUGAGCAGGCGCCUGGAGCGACUGUCCGCGUCCGAGAGGGAGGCCAUCGCAGCUUCUCGGGAUCUGUACGAAGCUAAGAUGAUCGCGAUUUCGUUCGUGGCGCUGGGAGUUGUCAAGACCAGCCUGUCCGUCGUGCUGCUAGUGGCCGCCUUGAUGGAGCUGGAGCGAGUGCUGCAGGUGUUCCUGUUUGGGGGUGCGCUGGUGGUGGGCGUGGCAGCGAUGCAGGCGGUGGCUGUGGAGGUGGUGCUCCUCCAAGACCGGCCGGCCAUGGAGUUCGCCAUGCCUGGCACACUCACCAUGCGCGGCGCUGCCGUAGCGCUGCCUGUGUCCGCCAUCUUGUAUCUCGGUGUGGACGUGUUGUCGCUGGUGUGCGUCCGCAAGUUCUACUGCGAGCUGAGGACGCAGCGGCUUCGGCCCUGCGUGCUGCCGCCGGCUGCACCCAUCUGAAGAGGGCUGCCACACGGCGGAUCCCGCUCAGAGGAAGUUCCAGUCGCCACGUCCGGCCACACUGCCGAACGCGGUCUGCAGCCAAAGAAAAGAGGGCUCCAACCUGCCGGUAGCCCUGCAGGGUCCGACGGCUGCCACGCGCCAGUUUCCUCAGCAGUGAAUGGCGCUAGAGACUGCUCUUUUCAUGUUCUUUGUCAUUUUCCUUCCUAGUCAAUAAAUAACGUAGACUCGAUUGUCUACGGACGUAACUAAGUAAA